AUGCUCGUCAAGACACUUCUCCCUUCUCUGCUCCUCGCGCUGCCUUGCCUGGCGCAAGACUCUCGCUGGGGCAUGCCCGAUGAAGGCCAGCCGCAUAACAGGACCUGGAUGGCCUUUGCUGCCAGCGCCAACAUUUGGGGCGACACACUCGAUGCCGUGCGCAAGGACUUGGCGACGAUCGCCCAGACCAUCGCUCAGUUUGAGCCCGUCUCCAUGCUUGUCCGACAGGAAGACUUGUCCACUGCUCAGGAGAUGGUUGGCUCAUCGGUCAACCUGGUCGUUGGCGAACUCGACGACCUGUGGAUGCGCGACACGGGACCUGUGUUUGUCAAGAAUGUGGACAAUGGUACCAUUGGCGGUGUCAACUUCAACUUCAACGGCUGGGGUAACAAGCAGGAGCACGGAAAUGACUCCAAGGUCGCUGCCGAAGUCGACAGGAACAGCACCGACAUGGUGGUUUCAACCACGCUGGUGCUUGAAGGUGGCGCCCUCGAGGUUGACGGCGAAGGCACCGCCAUCAUUACGGAGAGCUGCGUCCUCAAUGAGAACCGUAACCCGGGAUGGACCAAGGAGAACGUUACCGAAGAGCUGUCUCGACUCCUCAACCUCACCAAGAUCAUCUGGCUUCCAGGCAUUGCUGGAAAGGACAUUACGGACGGACACACCGACUUCUACGCUCGUUUUGCUUCUCCUGGUGUUGUCUUUGCGGGAUUUGAGCCUGACACUUCCUCGUUUGACCACGACGUGACCACCCAGCAUCUCGAGAUCCUUCGCAACUCCACGGAUGCCGCCGGCCGCACCCUCGAUGUGGUUGUGCUCAACGCGCCGGGCACCAUCCGCCCAACCACCAACACUAAGGACUUUGCUGCUGGCUAUAUCAACUUCUACCAGGUCAACGGGGCGAUCAUUGGUCCCGAGUUUGGCGACAACGACACAGACUCUGCGGCCAAGGCAGCCAUGGAGAAGGCGUUCCCCGGAAAGACCAUCGUGCAGAUUAACAUUGACGCCAUUGCUGCCGGUGGUGGCGGUAUCCACUGUACCACUCAGCAGGAGCCCGCCUUUGGCGCCACGCCUGCUGCAGGAAACGCUUCCGCUACAGUCUCGUCCCAGUCCAGCGCUAACACGAGCGCCGGUACGAGCACCAGCGGCUCGGGCCACCACGCUGUCGCAAGCAAUGCCCUCUUUGGAUUCGCUGUGGUCACCCUUGUUGCCUCUUUUAUGUUGCUCUAG